AUGCCACCUUCAACCCUGGCCAGCGCCGUUGCUGCCAGCGAGGCUGCAGAGCACAGGCAUGACUGCCAGGUGGAGAGAGUGACGUGGUUAGAAUGCUUCACGGACAAGGAGCGCAACUCCGAGUUCUGCGAGGCCACCGAUCCCGCCGGCAACCUCGAGUCCAACAGCUCGGCUGGGCAUAAGGAGUAUCAAGACCGACUCCGGGCCAUUGCGCUCCGCAAGGAGGGCUUCGAGAAGGCCGAGAUAGCAGAGGCCAUCGGCCGACCCCAGAAGUUUGUGCAGACCUGGUGGCGAAAAGAGCCCAAAGAGGUGCCAAAACCAGCAGGGGUUCAUGACUAUCUCCGAACGGACUUCUGGCGCGACAUCGAAAUAAUCCGUGGCUUUGGCAAAGGUCAGAGAAUCUACGACGAUGCGCUGACCAGCAUGGACUGGGUCCAGCCGAUGGCUGAUGGCCGCGAGUUCAAGAAUGGAGGCGGUUACCGUCUGAAGUACGAUAAAGAGGGCCGCAUGCGGCCCCAGGGCAAUCAGCACGCGAAAGACGGCGUAAUCCCGGGCAAGCUGCCUGAGCUGGACAAGCUGAUGCAGCGAGUCAUGGUUGAGCAGGGCAUUGAUGAUCGCGUGCUGAAGAGGCCUGGCCUGCUUUGGUAUCCGGAUGGCAACGCAGACGCCAUCGUGCACCGGCACGAGGCAUGGACAGCGCUGAUGUCGUUCGGAUCGCCCCGGAUCCUGACCAUUGAUGGCCACCCUGUGCUCCUUCGCGAUGGAGACCUCAUCAUCUUCGGCACGCAGCGCCACGGUGUGCCGAAGAUGUGCACCGAAGGCUCCACUUUUGGGGACUACGGAGGCCGCAUGUCGGUGGUCAUGUUCUUCAUGCCCACCGGCCAACAAGCCACAGGUGCAGCGCCGUGGAAAGCCAUCCACGACUCCGGGCCGUCGCGCAAGGCAACCGCCAUGCUCCGAGACGCAGACCUGGGCCACAAUGCACAGGUGGCAGGCCUCUUGUCCGGGGAGCGGGCGUCUGAGAUGCAGCAGCUCAUGGACAUUGGCUUUGAUGCCCCGGAGGCGGCGAACGCCUUAAGUGCCGCUGGCUUCGACGUAGCCAUGGCCGUGGAGAUGCUGCUGAAUCGAAGUGUGCCCUUGUUGGCAGACAGCUGUGAUGCUUGCAUUGACAGGUCCUCGGAGAUUGCCGCGCUCCUGAGCCGCUUGGAG